CAGCUCUGCUGUUCCCAUAGCAAUGGGCUGCCAUAGUUAACCACCUAGGGAGCUGCUGGAGGGAGGUGGAGAGCUUUGAUCCCAGCCAGCCUGGUGAUUCCAAAACAGCCCUGUAGAAAGUGUUUCCCUCACCAGGCCAACCUCUGCCUCCUUGUAAUGUGCUCCGGGUCUGUCCCAGUCAUCUGGACACACACACAACCCUGCAACCCUGGAACCCUCCACUUUGGGCUGAGCCCCUUUCUCUCAGAAGCUGUGUCUCCAGAGCUUGAAGAAAUGCAGAGAGAAACAGAGCAAGCUGUACAUCCCAGCCUCGCCCCUGAUGACAGAGCCUCGGCUCUGAGGCAGAAGUCCAUGUUGCUGCAGGCCAGAGUCAAAGGAGCUGUUGCUCUACAGAGAAGACCCGACAAGCAACAGCGGAGAAGCCAGCAACUGCAGCACCGGCCCAAGGAGUUACAGGCAGACCACCAUGAGGCCCGACCCCAGCAAGUCAGACACCUGCAGCCCCUGAAUUUAGCCCAUCUAUGGGGUGGGGCUGCAAGGUGGGCAGUGGGAAAUGAAUACCACUCAGAAAAGCCCAUCUUGCGAAAAGCAGCAAGAUACCCUGGGGGCAGGCAGAAGCACAAAGAACCCCUUAGAGAGGAGAGGAGUCGCAGGGAAGUGCCAUCCAGACAACAAACCUGGCACAUCGAUUCCCUGAAGAAAGCAACGGGCUCAGAGAGACGGGGGGCUGCCCGAGCACAGUGUCUGAGUCCCCCUGAGAAGAGUAAAGGGAAGUGGGCUCCUUCACACCAGACCAGUGGUGGCCGCCAGCUUGUGGAGAGUCGGGUGGGCAGAAGGACUGACCUUGAAAAGCUGAAUCCACUCUUGGCCACUGCAGGGGAAACCAAGUUCCUGGAAGGAAAAGAGGAGAGAGUCCCCAAGGGGAUGUGGCACUUGGGAAAGGGGCUGAGAAACAACACAGAGGACCAGAGUCCAGAGGGCAAACUGGAGGACCUAGAACAGCUGUGGCUGGUCAGCUCCACCCACAAAAAGGGAGCCAUGCCCUUGGUGUCUCCGCACCAGUGUGGUGACAAGGAUGAUUGGCAGAAAGGGCUCGAGUCCGUCUUGGAGGAGUUGUUUAAUACGAGCAGAAAGCUGAAGGAACACCUGACUUGGCAACUUGAACAGAGGUCCUUGGUAGACCAGAACCCCGCUGGAGAGCAGGUCUUCUCAGAGAGCCAGGAACCAAGUAGUGACACCCCUGGAGAGGAGGGCACAGGGCACUCAGGAACUGCACCUGCUGCAGAAGUGGAGUCCCCCUGGACAGCAUCGCAGUACAGUUUGCUACAGUUACCAAGCCAGGCUGAGAGCGCUAAAGACCAUCAUUUGGCGCCACCCACACCCAAGAGUGAAAGUCAGACACUGCCUCCUGAGGAUGGAGUGUCUGUGAGCAGAGAGGACUCAAUCCUGCAAAGCCCCAAACCCAGCCCCGAGCCACCCAAGCCAGCCACACUGGUAGAGGGCUUGCCUCUACCUUACCCACAGGAACAGCCAGACCAGGCGGACUGCAGGACAUCAAGGCAAGAGAAGAAGACAGGGGUGGAGGGGAGAAGGCAGAAGAGGCUGCUGGAGCAGACAGAGCACCCAAAUAUGAGCUUGGAAAUCCACUACAAGGCUGAGCUGGAGGAGGAGCGGCGGGCGCGGAGGAGGACUCGCCUGGCCCUUCUGAAGUCCUACCCCACAGGGGUCCCCACCAGGAAACCAGGACCUGUACCCAGAACCCACUCCCCUUUGUGUAGCAGCAGCAUCGAUGAGGAAAAGCACAAUGAGAUGGUCCGUGACUUCCAACGGCGGAUCUUAGAGCAAAACAAGCUGCAUGAGCAGUUUCUACAAAAAGCCAGGAAGCGUUUGCAAGAGUUUCAGAAAGCAUGGUAAAGAUGAUAUGAUGAACAGCUGUGAGCCCACUACCCAAACUGGAGAUCCAGGAUGUUUCCUGAAAACCAUAUAUUUGGCCACCCAACUAUCUGUGCUUUUCCUUUUCUAUACCCCUAUCUUCUCAGAUACAAAGCUGGGAGUGUGGAUUAUCUCUACCCGUUACCAUACAUACACAUACCACACACUAGUGUUCAGUGUACCUGGUUUGAAUUGUAUAAGAAAGAUCAUGCACUUUGUGU